AUGGCUCUCUUUCCACGCGGACCACACAGCGAGUUCGGCACUCUAUUCCGUCUUUUGGACGACUACGAUGCCCAUCGCUCCGAUCGCAGCGGAGGUUCUCUCUCCUUUGCUCCGAAAUUCGAUGUCCGUGAGGCGAAGGACUGCUACAUGCUUGAUGGUGACCUGCCCGGUAUCGACCAGAAGGACAUCAACAUCGAAUUCAGUGACCCACACACCCUAGUCAUCCAUGGCCGCACCGAGCGUGCUUACUCUGCUUCCGGGCUCCCGGGAAAAUCAAUCGAGGGCGGUAAAGCCACUGGAGCUCACAAAGGAAAGGGAACAACGACCACUGGGGGAGAAGCUGCAGGAGGUGCAGGAGCUGGGGGAGGUGGAGGGGAGAUGGAUUUAGAGACAGGGGAAAGGUACUGGGUGUCAGAACGAUCGGUAGGGGAAUUUCAGCGCUCGUUUAACUUCCCAACAAGAGUGAACCAGGAUGCCGUGAGGGCCAAUUUGAAGCAUGGCGUGUUGUCUGUCAUUGUUCCCAAGACAACUGCUCCGCAGAUGAAGAAAAUUCCAAUUGAAAGUUCCUAUUAA